CUUUGUGCAUGUGCUUGUCCCGCCAUGGAAUGACCUUCUCUCUCUCUCCCUCCCUCAGCCCUCCCUUCUCUCUCCUCCUGCCUUUCUGCAGAUGUGGACGACAAGCCUGCAGGUUCAAACAUCACAGGGCGCUGACAGGACAACUUAGGGGGACAACAGAAAGCCGAGGGGGUCCCGUGACAACUUGGCAGUGCGUUGAGUAUUUAACGACCUCUGCAGUUGUGCCUAAUGAAGUGUUGUGCGAGUGUACAGUCGACUUGUGAGGACCCCACCUUCUGAUAGCACAGGGAAGAGCGAGGAACCGGUCCUGGGUGCUCUUAUCGUCUGGGCUUGUGUGCAGUUUGUAGCCGACAACAGCGAUGGAGGCUUUCUCUUUGGAUACAGAAGAAAGCGCUGAGGAUACUUCAGGACCACAAAAGUCCAAAAUAAAGUCGCUGAGGACUCGUCUGUUUGCUAGAAGCAAGCGACCCGGCAGAGAAUUAAACACCAAGUUCUGCCAGUCGGCUAGCGAUAUCCGUGCAGGACGAAUGCUGGGAUCGGAGGAAGAUUUGGCGUGCCCCCAGGGAACUCUGGGAUCUCGAGCGCUCUCCCAUGACAGCAUCUUCUGGGCCGACCAGGUGCAGACAGAUGACGACGAACCAGUUAGGGUGUUAUCUCAAGAGAACGUUCAUAGCAAAAUCAAAGUUUUGCAGAUGAAACUUCAGCAGCAAAAGAUGCAUUUGGGGCCUCCUCCUCUUGUUCUACCAAUCAGGCGACACGAGGAUGAAGGAGACGUUCCACCUCAUAUGAGCCCUGAGAUCUCUGCAAUGGAUGUUCCAACCCAUGCGGCACUCGGCAAGGCGCUAUCCCAGCCAAGCCAACGUCCACUCUCACCCGUCUUCAAACCUCCAGCUUCCAAGUCUGGAGCCGGCACCACGCCGUCCCCCACGUUUACCCCAUCCGUCCCCGCCGUCACCUCUCUUUGCGAUUCACCGUUGGACUUUAGCUCCCCGGCCAAGUUCACACCUUCCCUGGACAUGUCCGCAGCCCGGCACCGCAUGGCAGUCAAGCCCAGGAACCAGAGGGCCAGCGCCAAAAGGAGGGUGGCUAACCCUGACACUAAGGCAGAGGACAUGAACAACUAUCCUGAGCCUGUGGCAGACAAACACGCUCGAGAUGAAGUGAUAUUAGAAGAACAACAUGGAUUUCAGAAAUGUGUCCAGCCUGAAAUGUUCCCAUCAAGAGCCCCACUAAACCAUGCCCUCCCUGGUAGACUAUCUCCCGUUUCCUCCCAGGAGCUUCAAGCGAAGCUCCAGAAACGUGUAGUUGUAGCGUCAAGUGAGACAACGGCUAGUUCGGGAGAAUCUGAGUUUCAAGUCAAGACCCUUGAUAAGAGCAACAUUGUUUCCUUCAACCAGCUGUCCAAUAGUGUUGCAUCAGUGGCGUCUAAGUCGUCGGCCGUUUGCCCGCAAGAUGUACCUGAAUUAGACAGCUUAAGAGGACUAAAAAGACCUGGAUCCGGAUCAUUCCAUUUGUCCAUAACAUCUACCAAGAACCGAGAAGAGAGACCCCGUUCAGGCAGUUUUGUGGAAGUUGUAAGACAGACGGAGUCCAGACACAAGACAGCAGGACCAUUUGAGGAUACAACGCCAAGGCAGAGGCAAAGGGAUGAGCGUAAAGAUCUGCAUCCUGGAGAAAGACAUUUUGUAGUUGGAAAACCUGGACAAGAGCAGAAAAGCUCAGGUUUUCUGUGGGAAUGGAAGGACAGUGCAAAAAAAUUAGAAUCGCCUAAAACUGUAGACCUCAUCCCAUCGGAGGCAGCUGAGAGCAGGCGGGAGACGAACGAGGAGGUCGUGGUGGCAACGAAAGUGGAAGUCAGGGAAGAAGAAGGAAAGACAAUGUUCGGUUUUAAACUCCGCUCUACGUCGAACUCCAUUCGAUUUUGGCCGGAUGGCUCUUCCAGGCACCGGUCCAGGAAACUGUCGAAUGAGGAGCAAGGUGAUGGACUGAAAAGACAAGGAAGUCGAGAUAUUGACAGCUUGUCCAAAAAUGCCAACGCUGGUGAUUUCACAGUGACAGAUCCAGCCAUAUCACGCAAACCUAGCACCGAGUCUAUUUGUGAGGCUCCCACAUUGCCAACAGAUCUUCAAACAACUUCCUUAACUCUGUCUCAAGAGCCUCACUCAACUCAGCAAACGGCUUCACCCGAGGUAUCCUGGGUAAGUCUGGCAAUGGAAAAGACCAGAAGUCUCCACCAGCUUUUUGCAAGAAGAUUUCCCAAAGACUGUACGAAUACCGUUUCGCAAACGGCAACACAGACGACAACCGAUGACGACAAACCGGAAACGGAGCUCAGCAAAUCACCCCGACAGACGACAGUCCACGCCUGGAAAGAAUUGGAAGUGCCACAAUCUCACAUAAAUACAAACAUGACGGCUGCACAAACAAAUCCGUGGACGACCCUGUUGCCUUCACGCUCUGCUUUCCGGUCAGAAAGCCCAACAAAGUUUGAAGCAGUGACUACUAUCCAUCCACCGCUUCGGAGCCAACGAGGUCCCCAUCCUGCGACGCAGCAACUGAAAACUACAACAGCCUCUGUGGAUGAGGGGAAAAGGACAGUGCAGGAGAAGGAGAGCUCCUCAUUCCUGGGCAAGCAGAGCAUUAGAGCUGGAUCAGUCAGCGAGAAGGCUGCGUUUUUGGAGAAACAGGCUGAUUGGUGUUCUUCACCUGGGACAAAGGUGGAGUUGAGAAAAGUACACCUGGAAACCAAAACGUCCAGCGAAAUCCUUGCGGAAAACCAUGACAUCAAACCUGAAGAAAGAGAAGCCUUCAAACUUCCAGAGUCCCAGAGCCCAAUCAAAAUUCCCGACAGACCCCGUGAGGAGAAAUGGAUUCGGAAAAAACAGAGCUCAUCUCCCUCGCCUUCCUCAUCACCCAUCAUGAGAUCCACGCCCGACAGUGCUCAGCCUUCCUGGAUGGAGCUGGCUAAGAGGAAGUCCAUGGCGUGGAGUGACAAGACCAUGGAUUGACCAGCCGAAAGCAACUUAAAAAAGACCAAUUGUGAUUUUUUUUUUUUUUUAAUCGCAAUUAAAAGAUACGAAAUUAAUCCGGCUAAUUCGGCCACGCUCUCAUACAUUAAAUUUUAUAACCAGGGUAAAACCAGAAUAAAACAAGCCAAACACAGUUGAUUCAUUCCAGUAUACAGUGGUGUAUGAAAAGGUAUCUGAAUCUUUUGGAAUUUCUCACAUUUCUGCAUAAUACCACCAUCAAAUGUGAUCUUUGUCAAAAUCACACAGAUGAAAAAUAGUGUCUGCUUUAACUAAAACCACCCAAACAUUUAUAGGUUUUCAAAUUUUAAUGAGGAUAGUAUGCAAACAUUGUCAGAAGGUGGAAAAAUAAGUAAGCGGAACCAUCACAUUUAAUAUUUUGUGGCCCCCCGUUUGGGCAGCAAUAACUUCAACCAGACGCUUCCUGUAUAUAAGUCUGCUACAUCGAUAAGGACUAAUCUUGGCCCAUUCCUCUCUACAAAACUGCUGUAGUUCAAUCAGAUUUCUGGAAUGUUUGGCAUGAAUCGCUGUCUUUAGGUCAUGCAGCAUCUCAAUGGGGUUCAAGUCUGGACUUUGACUUGGCCACGACAGAACGAGUAUUUUGUUCUUCUGAAACCAUUCUGAAGUUGAUUUACUUCUAUGUUUUGACUCAUUGUCUUGUUGCAGCAUCCAUCCUCUUUUUAACUUCAACUGUCUGCUAGACUGCCUCAGGUUUUCCUGCAAAACAUCCUGAUAAACUUUUGAAUUCAUUCUUCCAUUAAUGAAUUGAAGUUGUCCAGGCCCCGAGGCAGCAAAACAGCCCCAAAUCAUGAUGCACCCUCGACCAUGCUUCACGGUGGGGAUGAGGUAUUGAUGUUGGAGAGCUGUUCCAUUUUUCCUCAACACAUGACGUUGUGUGUUACUCCCAAACAAUUCAACUUCGGUUUCAUCAGUUGACAAAAUAUUUUGCCAAAACCUCUGUGGAGUGUCCAAGUGCCUUUUUGCGAACACUAAACGAGCAACAAUGUUUUUUUUGUUUGUUUUUUUUUUAUACAGCAGUGGCUUCCUCCGUGGAGUCCUCCCAUGAACAGCAUUCUUGGCCAUAGUUUUACAUAUAGUUGAUGUGUGCACAGACUGUGCCAGUGAUUUCUGUACGUCUUAAGCAGACACUCUAGGGUUCUUUUUUACAUCUGUGAGUAUUCUGCGCUGAACUCUUGGCGUCAUCUUUGGUGGACGGCCCAUCCUUGGGAGAGAAUCAACAGUGCCAAACUCUCUCCAUUUGUAGCCAAUUUCUCUGACUGUCGAUGGAUGAACAUCCACUUUUAGAGAUGGUUUUGUAUCCUUUCCCAGCUUAAUACAAAUCAACAAUCCUUGAUCGCAGGUCUUCAGACAGCUCUUUUGACCGAGCCAUGAUGCACGUCAGACAAUGCUUCCCAUCAAGACAAUUCUUACCAGGUGUGGAUUUUAUAGUGGGCAGGGCAGACUUAAACCACUCAUCAGUGAUUGUGCACACCCAUGACUUAAAUUGUUUGGUAAAAAUUUGUUUCAGUUGCUCUUUAAGUCUCCUGAGAAAGAGGUUUCACUUAAUUUUCCAGCUUCUGUCAUUGUUUGCGGGCUAUCUAGGAGUGGGAACCUCUUGAUACCUCACGAUAACGAUGAUUUGACGAUAUAGCGAUACAACGAUUAUCGAUACAUUGGUCAGGAAAUCAUUCUAGGAUGUUCUACAAAAAUCUAAUAAACAGAAAAACAAGCUUCUGCUGUGAACUGGAAUGAGUUUAUCACGAGUAGA